AUGUCGCCAUCCUUCACCAUCGUCAGACUUUCUCACACUUCUCCAUCUCGUGGCCAGGGCGGUCUGAGCUGCCCUUACGUAUCCAAAGCCCCCCAAGACAAUUGUGACAAAGCUUUGGAAUCUAUCCAAUUCGCACCUGAUUACACAAUUACUGCCGGCGAAACAGAAAUCGAUGUGAGCUCUGGCCUAUGCAAGAUAAGAAUUACCACUGUAAAUGGUGCAGGAGCUGUCAGCAAGCAAAAUAUAAUUGAUGGAAUGAAUAUAAUUUACAAUGGCUGUAAAAAAUACUUUGCUGGGAUUUAUGCAGUCAAUGCGUUCACUAUUGACAUCCAGGAGGUUCCGCCCACGGAUCCCACUUUUGGUUCGCGUGUGCAGUUCAACGAGGCAGUCUGCCUAAAUCCAACAUCAAAAAAACCAAUCAUACCCGCAGAUUGUACAAAGGGUGCUGCUAAUCUACCUAUACAAGGUCAAGGCCCUCAAGGUCUGUUAAAGCAAGUUAAAGGUCAAGGAAUCCUCAAUCUAUCCGCAUCAUGUAAUAUAACAGUUACUGCAGGAAAUAAAUUGGAUAUCACUCUACCAAUGCAAAACCAGUCCUGGUUAUAUGACAGUUGGUAA